AUGCUGGUCUCGCAUUCUCUCCACCGACGGUUGCUACUUCUCACCAGCGGCGCAUUCGUUCUUCUAUUCAUAUACUUCUUUGGCACCGUAUACCGACACAGAUUAGGCGUUGGUCCUUCACAUGAUACUGUGCAUGAAGAGACAGAAGAGAAAUGCAGGGGCAAAGAUCCAAUAAAGGCAUUGUUAAACCAGGCGGACAAUGCAUGGCGCACGUACGACUCUGCUCGAUCAAUGAGCUUCAGUGAGGCUGUCGUCGAGUAUAGAGUACGGUAUGGUCGCCAUCCACCGCCUGGAUUUAAGGAGUGGUAUAUGUUUGCCCGGGAGAAUGACGUACGAAAUAUCGACGAUUUCGAUCAGAUAAACGAUGACCUUCGGCCGUUCUGGUCUGCGGAACCAAAGGCCAUUCGACGGCGAGUAGCCGCAGCAUGUGAGGACCCCAUAGGGAACUCGAUCGCAGCGAUUCAUGUUAGGAAUGGAGCUAUUGCGAAUAUCACCGGUGAUGGAUGGCGAAUCGAAACAUUGAAGUCGCUUGUCGCACGAUUUUCAGAGAAGCUGCCGGACAUGGACAUCGCCAUGAAUACACUAGACCAGCCGCGGUUGGUGACGAAGUGGGAAGACAUGCAAGCCAUGCUAGGGAAGGAGAUUGCAUCUCGAAACACUCCUCCCAAGGCCAUCUAUUCUUUUACGAAGAAUAUGGAAGGUUUUGUGUCUUUGACGGGUAAAAGCAAUGUGACUGAAGAAGACAAGGUCAAAUGGGCUGGUAUCCCUUCCAAGCAGUAUAUGGAGAUUGCGUCAACUGCCUGUCCACCGGAAUCGCCAGCUCGGAAUUCGAGCCUGAGCAUCCAAGAGGCUGAUGCUCGCUACAAAACACCUGUCGUUGGCCUUGUGUCCAAUUUCAACAUGUCAAGCGACCUCUGCGUUGUUGGGCCUGCGAUAAAGGAUCUCCACGGAUUUCUUUUUUCGUCGUCGAGUAUCAGUUUCUCGGAUGCUCUUAUACCAAUAUUCAGUGAGUGCAAAGUGAACGUUAACAGUGAUAUUCUUUUCCCGGCCAAUAUGUACUGGAAGAAUGAUGAACGAUACACAUACGAUGGUACUGAAGAUGUUGACUGGGACAAGAAACAUGAUACCCUCUUCUGGAGAGGAGCUACCUCUGGCGGUAUCCAGACUCCGGAAAACUGGUCUCGUAUGCACCGUCAACGACUCGAGUUCAUGAUGAACGGGACAAAACUCCAGGGCAAGACCGAGCGGGUCCUUCCGUGCAACGACCGCUCUUCGAAUGCAAAUGAUGUGGCUACCUCAACAUUCCAGCCAACUGCUUUUGCCAACAAACAUUUUGAUUUCGGCUUCACAGACUCCAUGGCCUGUAUUCCGGAGAACUGUGAGUUCUAUAAUGAAACCUAUACUUACAAGGAGAAGGUUUCUCUAUCCCACCAAUUCACAUAUAAAUACCUGGUGGAUAUCGACGGACACAGCUUCUCUGGUCGAUGGCGUGCGUUCCUCCUUAGCAAGUCUCUCGGUAUAAAAGCUACCAUCUUUCGUGAGUGGCACGACUCGCGACUUUUUGCCUGGAGGCAUUUCGUACCCUUGGACAACCGAUAUGACGACUUCUACGCGCUCAUGACCUAUUUCCUUGGGACGGAUGCGAACAAUACCCCCUCCGACAACCCUCACGUUGCUCGUCAUGACAAAACUGCGCAGACUUUGGCCAAGCAGGGCCGCGAAUGGGCCGAGACAGUUCUACGUAACGAGGAUAUUGAGGCUUAUAUGUACCGCCUACUCCUUGAAUAUGGCAGAGUUAUUGAUGACAACAGGGACUCCAUUGGCUAUCAUGGUGAUGGAAGCGAACUAAAAGAAUUUGAUGAGCAUUUGACACGAUAA